UUCGACGACCACGAAUCGCGAUGUCUACGCAACAGCGUUCGCCGUUCAGUAUCGCAACGAUGUCGGUCACGGGAUGUAUGUACGCGAUACCGCUGCUGUUAGGGGCAAUGGUCACAUCCACGGCCGGACUUGCCGAUUGGCAGCACGUCUCGUCGUCGUUCAGGCAACAGACGGACUACGGCCGCGUGUGCUACAGGACCGUCCAAAACCCGUACGUGUACUUCGGCACGAAGACUACUUACGGUGCGGUGGCCGGCAACGACUUACAGACUCCGCCAGACUGUCGACCAUUACAAGUAUGGCUGGUAUCCAGGCACGGUACGCGUUAUCCGUCGAAAAAAAAGAUUGAGGAACUUAAGAAGUUAAACGAACUUAAGACAAUGAUAACAGCCGAAUCGACAAUGUGUCCAGAGGAUAUCGUUGCCAUCAAGAACUGGAAUACCAAUUUGACCAAAGACGACCAUUACAUGCUACAGAGACAGGGUGUAGAGGAACUCAAGUCACUGGCCGUACGGCUCAAAAGACAAUUUCCACAGAUAUUCAACAACCCGUUCACCGAAGCCAACUUCAAAUUUCUGACUUCACAUAAACAACGCGCCAAGGACAGCGCUACCGUCUUUUAUCAAACAGUUUUCAACCAAAACCCUGAAAAUGAAUUACCGAUCGUCCAAACAUCCGAUGAGAGAUUCUACCUGUACAAGUGCAAGCAGGGUGAAGACGAUGACGACGACACAAAGGGACAAGGGGAAGUGAAAAAGUUCGAGGACGGCCCACUCGUGCGGUCCGUUGUGUCCAGGGUAUCUAUGGCGAUGGGCCUUAAACAAAACCUCAGUUAUGAAAAUGUUUCACUAAUGUUGGAAUCUUGCAAGUAUGAAAAAGCUUGGUAUAUACAAUCGCGACCAGCAUGGUGUGCCGUAUUCACGCAGUACGAUUUAGAAAUCCUUGAAUACAUAGAAGAUCUCAAAUAUUACUAUGACAAUGGAUACGGAAAUCCCAUUGGAGAGAGCAUGGGGUGCCCUAUUGUGAAGGACUUAAUAGAUAAUUUCAAGAAUCUUGCCCAAGGGAAACAUGGACCAUUAGGAAUAUUUUACUUUGGACACUCACCUAAUGUUUUGAGCACAGUGGCCAGGUUGGGUAUCGGAAAAGAUAGUACUCCAUUACUGAGUACAAACUUCGAACAGAUGAAAACUAGAAAAUGGAGAACAUCAUUCAUAGACCCGUUUGCGUCAAACGUAAUAGCAGUGUUUUACAAAUGUAGGGAUGGAAAUAAAGCCAUGAUUUUCCUCAAUGAACACGGUAUACCAAUGGGUAAAGAUGACUGCCGAUCAUGUCCAUGGGAACCAAUCGAAGCACAAUUCAAUGCAAUAACCUCUAAUAACCAAACAUGUAAUUUAAAUAUGUGUAGAAACUCUGCAGCAUUAUCCUCAAUAAAUUUAGUUAUAGUCAUAUUUACAUAUGUAAUACAUGUGCUAUGUAUUUAAAAAUAUUUUUACAUUUAGCGCAUCAUACAA